GCCGUCCUUCCAGUACGACCGACACAAGCCUUGAGACGCGUCGCGAGUAUGUCAGACAUCCAGCAAUACCUGCUGGACUAUGACCGUAAUAAGAAGGAAGCGUCUGCCACCGCGCAGCGUAGCGCAAUCCAACUGCAAAGCGGCCAAUUGAAGCUUCUGAAGCUGGUGGGAGACCUCGGAGAAUACUUCAACAGCGAAGAUGGCGCAGUACGCUCGAAAACGGUUUCCUACCUCGCUGAGGUCGUUGCCGCGACGCCCCAAAAGGUGCUGUCGCUGCAGCAGCGGAAUCUACUCUGUGACUUUGUAGUGUCCCGCACGGAAGACAGCGAAGGCAUAGGGUCUUGUGCGAAGGCGCUGUUGGCACUUGAAGCGCUGGGCAAGUGGGACGACACGAGAGUGGUGGCCAUACUGGAAUCCCUGCUCAGCAACACACACCCUCUCCGCCAGUACAAGCAGCAGACGGAACGAUACCCCGUCCUUCGACUCAUCGAUACACUCAUGGCCAAAUACCGGGAGCCCCUCCGCGUACAUCACAUAGAGAAUGGCGAUUUCCUGCCCCGCUUCAUAUCGUACUUCGAUGGCGAGAAAGACCCUCGCAAUCUGAUGGUUGUUUUCUCCAUUUUGCGGGUGCCCAUGACUGAAUGGAGUAUUGGUGCCGACGCCCAGGACCUCUUCGAUGCCGUCUUUAACUACUUUCCUAUUACUUUUCGACCGCCACCGGACGACCCGUACGGUAUCACUGCUCAAGAUCUGAAGGACCGCUUGAGAGAUUGCAUAUCUUCGACACCAGACUUUGCGCCAUACGCCUUUCCCGCCUUGCUGGACAAGCUUGACUCGACGUCAAUGAAUACGAAGCGCGACGUUUUACAAGCGAUCACCGCGUCAGUGCAUGAAUACGGCGCUCGAACGAUCUCGCUUUACUCGAUAACUCUAUGGGAUGCUUUGAAGUUCGAGAUUUUAAACGUACAGGAGGAGGAUCUCGCAGAGGAAGCUCUGAAUGGUCUGGCCGCUAUCGCACGAUCUUUGUCACAGGGCACCAGCGGACCACUCAACGCUUACCUACGCCCCAUUGUAAAAGAAUGCAAUGAACACCUUGAGGAUGCGCCAACGAAACAGUCACAAGCAUCUGCACGUAUAUUACACAAGAUCGCGCAAGUGUCUGCUGAGGUCAACAACAUCUUGUUAGCAGGUGUGCUUCCUACUUUGUUUCUGCUGUUUCAGAACGCAGACACCAUGGCAAAGCGAAGGGGGCUACUCGAAGUUUUGAUACAGUUGAUCCGUGCCAACGUAGCCGAGUAUGGUGACUGGCGUGCACCAGGCGCCUCCGGCGAUCAAGUGAGCACCAAUGCGUUAAGGGGAUUCAGCGGGCAAGCGUUGGAGAUCCUACUUAAUGGCGUUGAAUCAGCGCCAGUAAAAGAGGUCUCAUUCCGCCUAGUGUGCUUGGAUGGACUCCUACAGUUGUCUAAAGUACGACAACUCCUGAGCGACGAAGAGAUUCGCCGAACAAUCCAGGUCAUUCAAAACGUGGUCGUGUACGAAGAUCCAUAUGGGAAGGACGAGGUCAAAGAAGCUGCCGUGAGUGGUCUUGUGGAGAUUGCACAUCAAAAGCCUCAGCUUGUGGUCGACAAUGCUUUCCCUGUCUUUUUGGCCCAGCUACCGGACUGCGAUACAGAUGGCUCAAAGAGCUACUCCUCGGUACUGGAAGCAUUUGCAAAGCUUGCAAGUGAAGAGAAGAUUUUCGACACUGUCCUCCUGCGAUUAAAGAACAAGUUCAGCACUGCAGUGCAACAAGGCGCAUCGUCAAGUUACUUGGUUGCGCUGUUGUCUGCCAUGCUCUAUGCCCUCAAUAAGGGGGAGGCAAAGCUCUCCCAAAGCCCCGAAACGUCCACCUAUUACAACGAUAUUGCACUACCACUGCUACAGCGAGCGUCCAGCUCAGACUCAUCGCAUCCGGCGGCUUUCAACGACGAGAGUACGCUCGAUCUCGUCGGACGUAUAUGCGGCCUAAUUAUCAGAUCACAAACCGUAGAGUCGCAGACUAUGAUUGCGACAGAAGUAUACACACUUUUCCGUGGCACGACGCAAUCCGAGCUGCCUCCCUUCAACCUCGACUCUGCGCCAGAGACGGACAAGACGAUGGUGAUCAGCACUCACCUCUUGGCUUCUUUUAGGAGAGAGACUGCCCUGCCAUGUGAGCUGCAGCUUCUCACAACCUCACUGGCCGGGUACGCGCAACUACCGCGCCUUUCGGUACCUGUCCGCUCCGCUUCCCUGCGGCAACUUUCUCUCGUCAUCAACAAAUACUAUUCCGCAUCUGGUCUAAAGACAUGCAUGGACCCUUUGCUAUCUGAAUUCGAUUUGUUCAGCAGCGAGAAGCUCGACACUCAACGUAUACGAGUAAUUUUCGCCUGUCUGAAAGGCAUUGCCUUAAGGAGUAGCCCUGUCCUCAAUACCCUGUACACCACGGUGCUCUCGUUACUUGCUCACCCGCAGCAUGGCAGUACAGUGGCACACGGGUUCACAAGUCUGCUGCAACCUGACGACAUGCUGACGAAGCAGAGCCACUGCCAGAUCUCUGGAUUGCACAAGCAGAAGAGUUUUGCGCUCCUCGUUCCCAGCAUUGUGCAGUCCUUCCGCGAGGCAUCAGCGGAGACGAAGCCGAACUACCUCAUUGCGCUGAGCGGCAUACUGAGGUGGAUGCCGUUUGACAUUGUUGUCGAAGAAGUGCACCAGCUUGUCACUCUGCUUCUGCAGUCGCUGGAUUUGAAGGGCAUUGACAACGUCAAGGAGGCAACGAUUGGCACGCUUACGUCGACGCUGGUGGAGAAGGCGGAGCUUCUCGAGGAGCACAGUGGCAGCCUCAUCUCACGGCUGCUUGCAAACGCCACAGUGGGCAAGGAGUCGGCACCCCAGGCCAAGGUUCGCGUCGCAGCGCUCCGCUGUUUGACGCUGGUGCCGGAGAAGUUCAAGGCGGAGACGGUGCUUCCGUAUCGCAGACAGGUGGUCAAGAAAUUGACGGCAGCGCUGGAUGAUAGGAAGAGAGAGGUUAGGAGCGCAGCGGUCAAGUGUCGGGCCAAGUGGCUAGAGAUUGACGAGGCGGGCGAUGAUGAGUAGACGAUGCGAACGAAGGUGAGGACGGUGC